AUGUGGAUGUCUGGGCAUCCUGCUGUCGGUGACAAUCAGCGGAAGCGCCUCGGCAACGGCAGCAGUGGACGUGCUGGCUCGAUGAAUCCGCAUCCACAUCCGCUCUUGUCAACGGAGCCGGUCACCGUGCCCGCAUCCGCAUCCGCAUCCACUUCGGUAUCCGCUACCUCCGCACAGCCAAGAAAUGUGCCGGGUCCCGCUCCGGUGGAUACUAACAACAGAUCCCGGCCCGGGCCCGUUCUGACCCAUCCUGGCUAUCCGGGGCCGAUCGUCCUCACCCCGAACUCGGCCACUUCUUCUACCGUGUAUGCUGCCUCACCGAGCCCGGCUGAUGCGUCGUACCCUUCGCACUACCACCACGGUCACCACGGUCACUCCCACUCCCACUCCCGCUCCUUGUCCAACACGAGCAGUGUCACAGCCGCUGCCGGACCCGCACCUGGACCCGGAAACGGUGGUGCAGCAUCGUCAUCGACUCCAACCCCAUACGGUACCCGGUCAACAAGAGCCGGAGCGGCAUCAGCGGGGUACAGCAACAACAGCAAGAGCAGCACCAACAUCAACGUCGCUGGCGUUAAGCGCGAACCCACCGAUGAUCCACAAGGCGUAAGCAAUGGGGACUACUCCUCCAACCCCAACGGUCACCAUGUGCACAACGGACCCUUGGCCGGGCUUGGCGGCACCACUCCCAGGUGGAGUGUCAGCGGCCCGAGUGAGAGCGUCGAGGGAGAUAGCGGCAGUGCUGCUUCGCCGAAGUCAACGACGACGGGGGGUGGUGGUGGACCACAGGGGAAGAAGCAGAAACGGAAUAAACCGACGCUGUCAUGUUUUGAGUGUGUAGAGAGGAAGACGAAGUGUGAUCGAGGUCGACCUCAUUGUUUAGCAUGCAUCAAACGCCAAACCGAAUGCAAAUAUGCUCACGUCGCCAACCUCCUUGAAGAAACCUCUCGCAGCGCCGCCAACGGCCGGCGAAUGACCAAGCCACCACGGAAAAAGACCACCGACCAGGCGUCAUCUUCUUCAACCACCAGCAGCACUUUCCCCACCGUCCUCCCCAACGCCGCCGACCGCGGCUUCAGCAGCGGCCGAAUACCUCUCGGCUCCAUAGCCACCUCCACCGGCCUCCUUUCCAAUGUCCCCUUUUCCGCCCCGGGCUCAUCCAACGUCUUCGGUAUCGGCUCCGAACACCCCUUUGCCAAUUACUGGACUUGCAACGGCGGCCUUCCCGAAGUCAUCGACGUUCUCCCAGCCAAAAUGCAAGUCGACCUGGUGCUACAUCGAUACUUUGAAUGCGUCGACCCCGUGUAUCCCAUGAUCCACCGGCAGACCUUCUUCGCGGACUACGAGCACUUCUGGACCAUGUCGCUGGAGGAGAAACACAAGUGCGACUCGGCGUUCAUCGCGCUGGUGUUUGUGAUGCUGGCUUUGGGCACGCAGUUUGUGGAAAGCAACCUGAGCGCGGGGGAAACAAAGCAGACGGCCGAGUUUUAUGCGAGCGCUGCGAACCAGGCGUUGAGGGUGGGCAGUUAUAUGAGCAUGGCGAGCAUCACGAGCAUCCAGGCCAUGGUGCUGAUGACGUACUUUCUGAUCAACGAUAAUCAUGCCAGCGAUGGGUGGGCGUUUGGAGGCAUUUUGAUGAGGCAGGCUUAUGCGAUGGGGCUGCAUCGGGAUCCUAAUAUUGUCGUCCCAGCAGCCCCCCUCUUCAUCAAACAACAACGCCGCAAAGUCUGGCAAGCCGUCCUCCUGCAAGACACCUUCCUAACCGUCCUCCUGUCCUUACCUCCCUCCGCCACCCACACCGACGUCAAAGUCGAAGACCUCGUCUCCAACCUCGACCCCACCUCCUCCUCUUCCUCCAUGUCCAUCGACGGCUCCGACGACCCAACAGACAUCGCGUACCUCCGCGGCUCCUGGACGCUCGCCAACCUCGUGCAAGAAACCAUCUGCAGUCCCCGCAGUCUAGAUGUCCCCAUCUGCACCACCAUCCGGCACAAAUCCAAGCUCGUCGCCGACUUCAGGGCAGUCUACCGCUCCUUCCCCGAUAUCUUUCGCAGCUGGGAUAUAGCAAUGUUAACGCAAAUGGCUGAGCGGAACAAGCGGAUCGUGCGGCAAACGCUUUUCUUAAGCUCGAAUUACUUCCACAACCUAAUGCUCGUGCACGCCUCCGAGAGUGCGGACGUGCCGGUUAAUGUGCGCGGAACGCUGGAGGCGGCGCAUGAUGCGAUAACGGCGUUCUUCGUGCUGUUCAGCUUGUUUGAGACGGAGGCGAGGGUGUGGUGGGUUUUUAACCACCGAGCAUUUCUCGAGGCGCUGUGUAUUGGGAAUGUGCUGCGGGAGGCGGCCAAGGAGGAAAACGGAGGCGGAGGCGGGGAGGGGGAGGCGAUGGCGGUGGGGAAGGAUCCGUUGUUUGUUAGGGCUAGGGGGGAUAUUCAUCAAAUGAUCAACAUCAUGCGAGCAAUGAGCGAGGGUGAACAGGGAUCGGAAACGGCCAGGACAAGGGUGCAGGUUUUGAGCGAGUUUCUUUGA